AUGUCAUUGAAAGUGCCCAAAUCGAACAAUAUCCAGCUCUUCAAGGAUGGAUACAAGCAACUUCAAGGCAUCGAAGACGCCGUUCUCCGAAAUAUACAAGCUGUCUCUGAGCUAUCAGAUCUUGUAAGGACGAGUUUUGGUCCCAACGGACGGAACAAACUGAUCAUCAACCACCUUGGAAGACUCUUCGUGACAUCGGAUGCGGCUACGAUUAUCAGAGAGGUCGAGGUUAUUCAUCCUGCUGCAAAGCUUUUGGUCAUGGCUUCACAAGCGCAGGAGGCUGAGAUGGGCGACGCGACGAAUAUGGUGAUCAUACUGGCCGGAGAGCUCCUCAAGAAAGCCGAAAAUUUGCUCAUUAUGGGCUUACACCCGUCUGAAAUCAUCAAGGGGUAUGAAAUUGCAUCUGCCCGGGCUCUCUCAGAGCUUGAAAAAUUGUCUACCUUUAGUCUCCCUUCGCCUUUGACAGAGCCAGUGCUGGCUUCAGCUCUCAAGCCUGCAAUUGCAUCGAAACAGUACGGAUUUGAGGAUACUCUAUCGGCUUUGGUUGCGGAAGCUGCCCUUGCCGUUAUGCCUGCAAAUCCCAAAAACUUUAAUGUGGACAAUGUGCGCGUCGUCAAAAUAAUGGGUGGAAGUCUUGCUGGAAGUAGGGUUGUGCAAGGAAUGGUUUUCGGUCGAGAGCCAGAGGGGAUGGUAAAAAAAGUGACGAAAGCUAAAGUUGCCGUAUUCACUUCAGCAUUGGAUGUUGCACAAUCCGAGACUAAAGGAACGGUCCUCAUCAAAAAUGCCGACGAAAUGCUCAAUUUUACUCGUGGAGAGGAGAAACAUCUCGAGAAGAUUUUCAAAGAGAUUGCCGAUUCGGGUGUCCAGAUCAUCAUCGCUGGUUCAAGCGUUGGAGAACUUGCACUCCACUACCUUAAUCGUUUCAAUAUCGCUGUUCUCAAAGUCCUGUCCAAGUUUGAUCUCCGACGCGUCUGUCGCGUAGUUAAUGCUACCCCUCUAGCUCGCAUGGGCGCGCCUACUCCCGAAGAAGCAGGUUAUGUCGAUAUCUUCGAGACCAUUGAAAUAGGCGGUGAUCGUGUAACUGUACUUCGUCAAUUAUCUGAGGAAGAUGCAAGUUUCGACUCUCGCUCGCCGGGAGGUCGGUCACGCACAGCGACAAUCGUGCUUCGGGGAGCCACCUCUAACCAUCUUGAUGACCUCGAACGGGCGGUUGAUGAUGGCGUGAAUGUGAUUAAGAGUCUGAUGAAAGACGCUCGGUUGGUACCGGGCGCUGGGGCAUCCGAACUGGAGCUUGCGAAGAGGGUAGAAAUAUACGGCAGUUCUUUGAAGGGCCUCGCACAACAUGCAGUUAAACGGUAUGCUACUGCGCUCGAGGUGAUACCCCGGACCCUAGCAGAGAAUGCCCUUGGUGGAGCUGAAGGCAACGAGGUGCUCAGCCGUCUGUGGGCGAAGCAUGAGGAGGACGGCGGCGCGGCUUGGGGUGUGGAUGUUGAGGCCGAAACCGACGGCACCUUGCAAUCGACCGCAUACAAGAUCUAUGAUUCUCUGGGCGCUAAGACAUGGGCCAUUCGUUUGGCAACAGAAGCCGCCGUCUCUGUACUGAGCGUCGACAGUAUCAUCAUGAGUAAACCGGCAGGAGGACCUAAAAUUCCUCAGCAGGCCGGCAACUGGGAUGAGGAUGACUGA